UGCAGCCAUGCCGUCUGAGUUGGAGCGUUCCAUGGAGUCCCUGAUCAUGGUGUUCCAUCGCUAUGCUGAAAAGGAUGGUGACGGCAACACACUGAGCAAGAAGGAGCUCAAAGAGCUGAUGAAGACAGAACUGGCCAGCUUCCUGAAGUCCCAGAAGGACCCAGCCGCCAUAGACACGAUCAUGAAGGAUCUGGACCAGAAUGGUGAUGGGAAGGUGAACUUUGAGGAGUUUGUCUCUCUGGUGGUGGGCCUCUCCAUCGCCUGUGAACAGAUCUACCAGCUCCACACCCAGAAGGCUUCUGCCAAGAAGUGAAGGAGGACAGAACAAGGAGAAGCAGAAAUGGAUGCUUUUCUAUGUGUCAUUUUUCUUUUCUAUAUGUCAAAUAAGUCAUUUUAUAACUAAGUCUUACUGUUGUGAAUAAACACUGGCUUUCCCAAACUGUA